AUGGAUGAGUGGUUAAAGAACCGGAUCUUUGCAAUCCAUGCACUUUCUGGUGUAGGGUCGGUGGCAUUAGGCACAGCUCUUACUUACCCUCUUGAUACUACCAAAACCCUUAUUCAGGUUGGUUCAGGGUCUCAUAAACAACUGACAACUGCUCAGGUUUUAAAGAGAGUUCGAUACUUUUCAGGAAAUACAGGUUUGUACAAUGGCUUCCUAUGGCUGGCAGUGGGAAGAACUUUGGGGGUUGGAGCUCGCUUUGGGACCUAUGAAAUUUUGACAGCCUUUUAUAAAGAUGGUCGAGAAGAUAACUAUGUCUACGUCUCUGAGGCCCUCCUGGCAGGACUUGUUGCUGGUGUUGCAGAAGCACUAAUAAGUUCUCCCUUUGAACUUAUAAAACUUCGUGCCCAGGUGACCUCUGCUUCUCGCAUUCCAAGCUCGGCCUCUCUCACAGAAAAGGGAGCUGUUGCACCUGUGAUUCAAAGAUUAUUGCGUGGAUAUAUUCCAGACAUGAAGGCAUUAAAUUCUUCUGUUGGCCUUUUAUCCACCCUAACAACCAAACAUCCCAAUAUGAUGAGUGCUUUACAAGAGUAUCCAUGGAUGAUGACGGGAUCUGGGAGGCCACCAUCCGUUUUCAGUGUUAGGAAACCAUCUGAAGUCAUCUCCUUAGAAGGAUGGGGUGCAUUAUGGAGAGGCCUACGGUCAGGGGUUGUUCGGGAUUCAGUUUUUGGUGGCAUAUUCUUCUCUACUUGGCAAUCCCUGCACCGAGCAAUGCUUGACUGGAAGGCAGUGGGGAUGGAUCCAGAACCUAGGUCGGAUGAUGAAAUUGGUCCGCUGUCUCCUUGGGCUGUGAGUCUUGCUGCUGGAGUUUCUGGUUCAGUUGCUGCAGCUGCUUCUCAUUGUUUUGACACUGCUAAGUCUCGAUCACAAUGUAUUGUGCUGCCCAAGUUUGUCUCCACGGAGAGGAAGCUUCUGAAAUGGGGAAGACCAGGGAAUAGGUUUGAGAGACUUACAGGGAUUCACCCUGCAGACAGGAAUCUCCUGUUCCGUGGCCUUGGGUUACGGAUGGCUCACAGUGGGAUUGCAUCAUUCAUCAUGGUGGGAAGUUAUUUCUUGACUGUGGAUCGUCUUGCUUGA